CAAAGUAUUGGAUGGAAAACACACGCCAACCCAACAGUCCCACAACUGCACCUAGUCUCUUCUAUUAUGGCUUCCUCAACUCUCUCCCCUUGUGCUCCUUCGCAGAUAUGCUCUAGCAUGAGUGGCAUGUUCUGCCCAUCACAAGCUUUUCUUGUGAAACAAACAAGGAACCAGAUGGUUAAAAAGGGUAAGGGAAUGAGAAUCACCUGCCAGGCCGCUAGCAUCCCUGCUGAUAGAGUGCCAGACAUGGGCAAGAGGCAGCUCAUGAAUCUGAUUCUAUUGGGGGCUGUUUCACUUCCCACAGGUUUCAUGUUGGUUCCUUAUGCAGCUUUCUUUGUCCCAGCUGGGGGGCGAGGCGCUGGUGAUGGUACCAUUGCCAAGGAUGCAAUUGGAAAUGAUAUCAUUGCAGCUGAAUGGCUUAAGACUCAUGGCCCUGGGGACCGAACCCUGACUCAAGGAUUGAAGGGAGACCCAACUUACCUAGUGGUGGAGAAAGACCGAACUCUGGCAACAUAUGGUAUAAAUGCUGUCUGCACACACCUUGGAUGUGUAGUUCCAUGGAAUCAAGCUGAGAAGAAGUUUAUUUGCCCCUGCCAUGGAUCUCAGUACAACGAACAAGGAAGAGUUGUGAGAGGACCUGCCCCCCUGUCCUUGGCAUUGGCUCAUGCUGACGUUGAUGACGGGAAGGUAGUCUUUGUUCCAUGGGUCGAAACAGACUUCAGAACGGGUGAAGCUCCAUGGUGGGCAUAAACUUCUUCGCAAUUCAUUCGUUGUUUGGACAUUUAAAGAUUUAUUCAGCCGGUAUGUUUUGCGACAUUGCUAAACAUCCCGUACCAUAGAGUUAUCCUCUGUAUAAUGCAGUCCGUAAAUUGUAAGAACCUAAUUGAUUCCAAAAUUAGACAUGGCACUUGUAUCUGGAUAAGUGAAAUUGAUUCAUUCAUCCCCAAGCAGCAGCAGAGCCCUGCUUCAAUGGGAAAAUGAAAAGUUUCAGAACAAGCACCCGAAACUAGACUAGAAAGCAACAGAAACAGCAUCCAAACUUAACAGGUUAAACUGACAAAUUAAUAUCCCAGCUUUUACAAAA